AAUAAUUCUACUGUAUAUAUGUACUAUCGCAUCUUCGCGUGAAUAUCGAUUAACGAUUUUUCAAUCGAUAAAAACGAAUAAUCGUAUAGCUCAUUCCAAUCCAUCACAAACAUAGAGAACCGGCCUGAUUAACCAAUAUUUACAUCCACCGGCAGCCCGUUAAUGCACCGUACAUAGUGUUACGAUUUCCCGUUGCCAUGGAUGAACCUGCAUCGAUCGAAUCCACCCCAGCUAUAAGUCCAGUGGUCAGUGUCGUCCGAUUCGAACGAGAAACACAGUUGAAUCGGAGGUGAAGGAAAUAUGUGAAAUCCCGGACAGAUAUACCAGUCGAAUGUGUGUAUUAUAUGAGCGUAUACGAGGAUGACGCUGGUACUGACGCGGGUGGACUACGCGAGCGUGGGAGUGACGUCGCGCGGAACCACGAGGCUCCUGCCCUCGCCGGAACCGAAGCAGCUCCAGAGGUUCGCCGUCGCCGAUCACGAUGGGGUUCUUCAUAUUUUCGGUUUCAAAAGAGGCGAGCUCCAGGUGCUGUUCAAGUCGCUUCCAGGGCCAAAGAUCAAUCGACUUGUACUGGGCGGUGGGGUAUCGAUGCCAAAAGACAAGAUCUUCCUCGCCCACGGGAACACCGUCAUGGGCUACACUCGAAAGGGAAAGCUCUUUCUCGAGUUCGACACAAGCCUCAUCGACCCCAUCUCCGCGCUAUACAUUCUGGGAGCUGAUUUGGCAGCUUGUGCUCGCGAUCUCUAUCACCGUUACCGGGACUGCAAAGACGCGGACUCUUACCUGGCCGGUGAAAAAUUACUCGACGUAGUCCUGCUGCCGGUUGGUAGCAUGGCUGUUCUUGCCAUCCUCGCAUGUGGCGAUUGCGCGAUCAGAGUACUGUAUGGCACCAAAAGUCCGGCAGUUUUGAGGCUACCUAGUGUCCCGACGAUUCUCGUUCCAUAUCGGGAAGGAGACGUAGAAUCAAACGACCGAAUUCUGAUGGGCACAGUGGACGGUAAGGUCGGCCUACUGAUGUUGGACAGUGACAAGAACAUAAGGGUCAGUUGGUUGUUGAACAAGACAAGCUCAGAGGUGACGUCCCUCGACUCGUUCGAGCUACAAGACGGCGUGGAUUUGAUCAUAGGCAGACAGGAUGGUUCCGUCGAAGUCUACACUCUCCCUCAGGACGAGGACACUGCUCCACUGCUCAGAUUUAAAUACAACGCAGGGGAGAGCAUAAGCACACUGUCAGGUGGCAUAAUAAGCUCGAGCGAGUAUCCGGAGCUUCUGGUGACAACGUAUUCGGGUAAGGUGUUUGGAUUAACGACGAAACCACCAGGACUACUGGAAGCCGGCCAAGGCGACCUCGUACUGGCCAAACUCAAACAGGAGAUCGAGCAACUCGAAGAAGAACUCAAGAAGGAAUAUACCGGUUCGCCUUUCGUAGGGGAAUCACUUGCGCCGAUGAUUCUGUCGGUUAACCAUAGUAUGUCUCUCAAUAAAGAAGACGCCUCGUAUACGUUUCUCGUGGAACUGGACAGGUCCAUCGAUAACAUACUGAUACAGUCAGAUACUCCGAUCGAGUUGCUGGACGUCGAGGGUAACAACGCGGUGAUGAGUCUGUCUACUUGUGAUCCUCUGGAGAACAACUUCGUUUUGGCGACUUAUCGAUGCCAAGACAAUACGAAUAGAUUAGAGAUGAGAUUGCGAAGUAUCGAGGGUCAGCCUGGGACACUUCAGGUUUACGUCACCUCACAGAUUCAACCAAAGUGUUGUCGAAGAAUUCUGGUACCGAUUUGUGCCUUGUCCCUUCACUCGAGACUACACGUCGACGACAAACAGUCGGUACUAGGUGGGCCAUUCAACGAGUUGCGAUUGACUGGGAGUUUUUCAAUCGCUGAGAUGCACGCUUGGCUAGCACUUGCACUGCCAGAUGUACCCGAGAGACCACCAAUACAAGAAGAAGAAACUGAAGCUUCCAUGAUAUACGUAUCGACCUUCAUUGGUACCAUGUUGAAAUGUAAAUACAAAAAAGGAUCAGCGAUUUUUCUCAGUGAAAACAUUUCGACAAUAAUCAUCCUGCGAGACAUUCUCACCAAAGAGGCUACGAAACGGAAAAUUAAGCUGGAAGUUUAUUGCGAUGUGGCCGAAGCAAGUAUAUCCAGAGUUAUCGAGUUGAUUCUUCCGCGAUUGAAGGAAGCUAACGAACUUUUAGAUAAGAUAAAGAUUCUAGAUGCAUUGGAUUCGUGGGAAAUGAAGAACAAUCCUGCGGAACUGUGCACUGAGUACCAAGAGUUGCUAAAAACUGAACCUGAUUUACGGCGGCAGAUGACGAGGGACAACGAGAUUCUCCAGAGACUACACGCAGCUAUCACCGAUCUGUACGUCGACUGGGAACGCGCUAAAGGCUCUCGCAGAAUUUCCAGCAGGCAAGCAGCGGAGAGAUUGCACGACGCACUUGAAUCGAUGGACCUGACGAUGCUUCUUCAGGCGUUUGUUGGCAAGGACACUUCCUCGACACCCAGUGUUUCUGUGCCUGUUUUAUUGUAAUAUGGGACGACAAAGCAGGCGGUGUGUUUACAAAGCAAAGAGACAAUUAUCUUUCUGUAAACGUUGCCACGUAAUAAAAAAUAUAUUUUUCAACGUU